AGCCAUUGCUCUGUAUAGAAAUACUUCCUGGCCAGAAAUUGCUGGAUACCAGUAAGCAGUGUGAGGGAGUAACCUGGACAAUUCAGGACAAAAAAAAUAAGAGAGACCAGAAAAAAACUGGGCAUGGGAAAGGGACUGCAGGGAACAGUGCCUGUGUAAACAGGCAGGGUGUGUCUUCUGGCAUGCUUUGUUCCUAGCAGUGAAGAACCUGGGGCUGAUGCUGACAUAAAGCAUGCCAGUAAGUCUAACACCUGAAGAAAGAGUACACAUGCGAGUCACAAAAGCUUUUGUAAACUAAAAUUGUUUGUUUUAGCUGCAGGAAGCAGAACUAGUGGCACACAGCCAUUUUGCCUUGAUUUUUCUGUGUUUUUCAAGAGAAAAGUCAUCUCUUCUAACAGUUGUGUGAGUGUGACUCCUGCACUGAAACUGGCUGGGAUGCUGUUAGCAUAAGAAGAUGCAGUUACAUGGCUAGGAGAAAGAAUCAGCAUACAUCAGUCCUGACCCAAUAGCGACCUGCUUGCACAAGCGGCCUCAGAUUUCUCUGAAGCCUUUAGGUCAAUUGUUCAGUCUACCCUUGUAGGAACUGGGUUUGGCAUGCUUUAGGAACAAUGUGUUUAGUUUGAGCUGUCACCACCCUGGUUAACAUUGUCCCAGUGUUAUGAAAGGUGGAAUGACUGGGAAGCCAGGGGAGCCCCUGAUCAAGAUGAAUCAUUGUGCAAAGGUAGUGUAACUUCCAGGAAAGACUGAGGCCAUCAAAGAACAGGGAGUGGAGUGGAGGAGGACACGGUGAGAAUGAAAUAUUUAUGGCAAAAGUAAAAGAAUGCUUUCAACUACUUGUUCAGUCUAAUUGCAUCCUUACAAAUAUGAGUUCAGUGGAAAAAAUAUGGCAGAGAUUCAUUACAGAACAAGCAUCUGCUUGGUGAAGUCAUUUUUCUAGUGCACUGAUGAUCCGUUCAAGCCAUAAUACUCUGCUCUUUUGUACUUAAGAAUCACCAAGUGAAGAUGGUGAAGAAAGAAAAAAUGUUUGAAGAAAAUCAUUGACAACUCGCAGCUCGAUUGCACUCAACAACUGAGUCAGGAACUGGAUGGCAAAUACAGUUUAUAAUACCACAUGUUAACCAAGUUCAUCAGAAAUGGUUGAUGUCUCAUCAUCACUGUUGGGUUCCCCAGGAUCCAACAAGGUGCCAGAGUUUAGGAGGAUUGCAAGCUAAAGUGGCUGUGAGUAGGUUUCUUCCAGAAAAAAUGUCUGAGAGAAAAAGGAAGGGAUAUGCUGCUGCUCUCCUUGACAGGACAAAGAUAUCCUUGUGUGGGAAACAACAUUCAUCCCUAUGUCAAAUAGACAUGUUUAUUGGAAUAGAGUAUUUAAAUCUCUGCAUAUAGGUACUGCAAGAGUAAACUUUCCAAUACUCUGAACCUGCUCACACUUAAGAAUGGUACUUCUUGAAGCAGCAUGGAUCCUCUGUGCUGUCUAUAUGUCUCCAGCUGGUACCAUCAUAUCGAACAGUUACAAGCAGAUCCACCGCAAUGCAAGCACAUAACCCGCCACCGGCACCUGGAUUCUCCAAUACUGGCUAUGCACCAGGAAACCAGCCCCCCUAUGGCCACCCGCAGUAUGCAGCUGGGACUUACUAUGGCACUCCUGCAGCAGGGCCCUAUGCUUUCCAGGCACAGCCCAUGGGAAUCCCAUCUGGAGCUGCUGUUCCACCCAUCCAGAACCAGCCUCCCGGAGCCAUCUGGAUGCCUAUCCCUCCUCCUCUUCCCAACUGCCCUCCUGGACUGGAAUAUCUCACACAGAUUGACCAGAUAUUAAUUCAUCAGCAACUUGAACUUCUUGAGAUUUUUAUUGGAUUGGAAUCAAACAACAAAUAUGAAAUCAAGAAUUCAUUGGGACAAAGGGUGUACUUUGCAGCAGAGGACACUGACUGCUGCACAAGGAACUGCUGUGGGCCAGCACGACCUUUCACCAUGAAGAUUAUGGACAAUCUGGGUCAUGAGGUGAUAAGGCUGGAGAGACCCCUCAGGUGUUCGUCAUGUUUUUUUCCCUGCUGCUUACAGGAGAUAGAAGUUCAAGCACCUCCAGGAACACCAGUAGGUUAUGUUGUCCAGAACUGGCAUCCCUGCUUGCCUAAGUUUACUAUUCAGGAUGAAAAAAGAAUGGAUGUACUGAAAAUUAGUGGCCCUUGUGUCGUCUGCAGCUGUUGUGAGGACGUUAAUUUUGAGGUGAAGACUUUGGAUGAGGAUGCUACUAUUGGGAGGAUUUCUAAGCAGUGGUCUGGGUUUUUGAAAGAAGCAUUUACAGAUACUGAUAACUUUGGAGUCUCAUUUCCAAUGGACCUUGAUGUAAAAAUGAAAGCUGUCAUGCUCGGUGCUUGCUUCCUUAUCGACUUCAUGUUUUUUGAGAGCAUUGGUGACAGCCAUCAGCGAACGGGAGUGUGGCAGUGAAAUCUAGAACUUUGUAUUUAGAAGGAAGAAAAUAAACCACCCACUUGCCAGAGGAUUACAGAGCUCCAGUGAGAAUGUGAGAGAUGGACCUUUUGCACUUGUAAUUAUAUUUCUAUAAACUAAAAGCUUUAUUGUCUAGCUUCUAGUUCUGUAAUCUAAUGACACUGUUGUAUUCAAAUAAGCACUUUUUGUCUGUACAGAUAAAUAAUGUAAUGUAUAGAAAUAUAUAGCAGCCUUUUUUCCAAGAAAUUUGGAAUUGUUGUAUUAAAAACUUAAUUCUUAAAAAAGAGAUCUAUUUCUUUGUUCAAUAAUAAUAUAAGCAGUCAGCCUAAUAAAGAGGUUCUGAUCGUUU